GCAGCAGCUCCUCUCUGAACCGGACCGGACUGCAGAUCGGACCAUGCUGCCACUGCUUCUGUGACCCGUCUCUGUGGACUUGGAUGGACGAGCGGAACCGGACCUGAAGGCUAGACGCGUCGCUGAUUCCCAGCAGCUACAGCGGUUCCAGUAGAAAUGGGGUGUUUAGGCGGGAAGACGGACGAAGAGCGACUCGACGAAAAGGUCAAAAGAGAAGCGAACAAAAAGAUCGAGAAGCAGCUGCAGAAGGAGAGACAAGCGUACAAAGCAACACACCGCCUGCUGCUGCUGGGUGCAGGAGAAUCAGGUAAAAGCACCAUCGUGAAGCAGAUGAGGAUUCUCCAUGUGGACGGUUUCAACGCUGAAGAGAAGCAGCAGAAGAUCCAGGAUAUCAGGAAGAACGUGAAGGACGCCAUCGUGACCAUUGUGUCGGCCAUGAGUGCGCUGACUCCGCCCGUCCCUCUGGGUAACCCUGGCAACCAGUUCAGAGUGGACUACAUCAAGAGCAUCGCUCCGCUUUCAGACUUCGAUUACACGGAGGAGGUCAUAAAGACAGUCUGGUCCUGCUUGAUUCUACCAAAGGACUUCUUUGAGCACACCCAGAAACUGUGGGAGGACGACGGCAUCAAGGCGUGCUUUGAACGCUCCAAUGAAUACCAGCUGAUCGACUGCGCCAAGUACUUCCUGGACCGGUUGGACUCUGUCAGGAAGACGGACUACACACCUACUGACCAGGACUUGCUGCGCUGCAGGGUGCUGACAUCUGGGAUUUUUGAGACCAGGUUUCAGGUGGACAAAGUCAACUUCCAUAUGUUUGAUGUAGGAGGUCAGAGGGAUGAGCGCAGGAAGUGGAUCCAGUGCUUCAACGAUGUGACGGCCAUCAUCUUCGUAGCGGCCAGCAGCAGCUACAACAUGGUCAUCAGGGAGGACAACUCCACCAACCGCCUCAGAGAGUCCCUGGACCUGUUCAGGUCCAUCUGGACCAACAGGUUCUUGAAGACCAUCUCUGUGAUUCUGUUCCUCAACAAGCAGGACGUCCUGGCUGACAAGAUCUUGGCUGGGAAGUCCAAGCUGGAAGAUUAUUUCCCAGAGUAUAACAACUACCAGGUUCCUCCUGAGUCUGUUCCAGAUGUUGGCGAAGACCCCAAAGUGACCCGAGCAAAGUUCUUCAUCAGAGACGAGUUCCUGAGGAUCAGCACGGCCAGCGCUGACGGGAAACAUUACUGCUACCCUCACUUCACCUGCGCCAUCGACACAGAGAACAUCCGCCGCGUGUUCAACGACUGUCGUGACAUCAUCCAGCGUAUGCACCUGCGUCAGUACGAGCUGCUGUGAUUGGCUGCUGGUCCUUGCCUUGGCUCUGUCUAUUCCUGUUAGACCAUCAAUGCAGACUUCUUCAUGUUUAGAGUAGAAAGGAGAAAUUUGGAGAAUAUGUAGUGGUUAUGAUUCAAAAGCUCAGGGUUAUGCAGAGCAUUAUGGGUAGUGUAGUGUACAGGCUGACAGAGUGCAACCAUUUUAUUAAAAUAUUUUUCCAUGUCAAGUUUUUGAGUUCAGUUAUAGCCUGUUGCUGAUUGGCUGUUUUCAGAUUGUUACUUUUUAACCAAUCAGGACUUAGAGCUCAUUUAUUCAAACAGGAAGUUGAUCUGCUGAGUACGUUUAUUAGCAUUAAAGAGGAUUUAUCAGCACAUUGGUGUCUGUUCUUCCUCAGCAUCUGAGGUCCAAAAAGACCUGGUUCUACUCGGUCAGUACAAGACCAGACAGAAUACACAAACUGUGUGAUGAUGAAUAUAAUUUCUCUGCAGACAACAAGGGCAACCGUUCAGAACCAAACCAGACCGUUUUCCAGGUUUAGCUUGAGAACAAAAGUUGCAGAACUCAGAACCUCAGCUCUGCUUUGGAACUGACGAAAUCAGGCUGCAGUGAGAACCAGGAGGUUCUUUCAAAAUAAAAGCACUAAAAUCAAAGCAGUGCAUUAUGGGUCUGACUGACGCAGAGGUUCUGGAGUCGAUGUGAGCUACGGUUUCUCUGUGAUUCUGAUCUAGAACCAAACAGAGUCAGAGGUUCCUCAGAUUCUGAAGGCUCUGGUUCUGUCUGAGUGGGUCG